AUUGGUGGUGGUAAGAGAGUAUGAUGAAGAGAGGCACAAGGUGGCAAUUGAGAAGAUGGAGAGGCUUUGUGAAGUUGGGCAGAGAGGAAAGUCAUCUCUUGUUGUAGACCUCAUGGGCGAUCCCUUAUGCCGUAUCCGUCACUUUCCUUUGCAUGUCAUGCUGGUUGCAGAAUAUGGAGGACAAGUUGUUGGGGUGAUAAGAGGGUGUAUAAAAAUAGUUACAAGAGGGAAUUCGGUUGAUUUAAAGCUGGCAUAUCUGUUGGGGCUCAGGGUUUCACCGCCACACAGGAGACUUGGCAUUGGGACAAAACUAAUUGAACAUUUAGAAGAGUGGUGCAAGCAAAAGGGUGCUAAUUAUGCAUACAUGGCAACUGAAUGUACCAAUGAGGCUUCCAUAAAUUUGUUCACAAAAAAAUGUGGGUACUCAAGAGCCAAGAGUCUAAACAUGCUAGUGCAACCUGUUCAUGCCCACUACAAACCAAUGAGCUCUGGCAUUGCGGUGGUUGGUCUUCCCCCACGCCUAGCGGGGACCAUGUAUAAGCACAUGUUUGUCAAUUCAGAAUUUUUUCCUAAGGACAUAGAAUUAAUUUUGUCUAACAAGCUAAAUUUGGGCACAUUCAUGGCCAUCCCCAAAAAGUACCUACCCAAAUGGGACCCAAAAAGGGGCAUAAUUCCUCCAAGCUUGGCCAUAUUAAGUGUAUGGAACACCAAGCACGUGUUUAAAUUGGAAGUGAAGGGGGUGUCCCCACUGGCACGUGCGGGCUGCCUAGUGACAAGGUUACUGGACCAAUUGAUGCCAUGUCUAAGGCUACCUUCUUUCCCUGAUGUGUUUAGGCCCUUUGGGCUAUAUUUUUUGUACGGUCUCCAUAUGAAAGGAAAGAGUGGUGCGGGCCUCAUGAGGGCCCUGUGCGGAUUCGUUCAUAACAUGGCCAGAGAUGAUGCUGGUUGUGGGGCCAUUGUGGCUGAAGUGGCCCAAUUGGACCCAGUUAGAGAUACGGUCCCACAUUGGACUCAAUUCUCAUGGGCCCAAGACAUCUGGUGCGUUAAGAAUCUUCACAAAUCUGCCCCCUCUCAUUGCUUCUUCUCUUCUUCGCCAGUGAUUUUUGUUGAUCCGCGCGAUUUUUGACACUCCCUUUUUUUUCUCUCUGCCAUGAUGCCACUGUAAGCUGUAAACAACUAUCUCAUGAAACAAGCAUUAAACAAAAAUUAUUUGAGUUGUUUACUAAAUUUGAUCACAAAAUCUAUUAAAUAAAGUUUAAAUUUUAAUUUUUUUUAUAAAAGUCAUAAAUUAUUUUCAGAAAUUAAAUUCUAGCAAAGCAGUACUCUGUUUCUUAAAGAUUAUAAUCUUUACACGAAGUAACUCUCCUUUAUCUUAACUUUUUUGUUUCAGAAAAAAGGGAUAAAAUUUAGCAUUUAAUUUAGUUUUGUGUCUGUUAAAAUUUCUUUGAAAAAAAAGUGGCUGACUGUUGUAAGGUUUAAAUCGGAAAGACCUGUAAUUUCGGUCAUUCUCAAAUCUGAAGGUAGUAUUUUUCAUUUUCUAUAUGAAAAUAACAUAUAAAGUUAAAAUCUUUAAAAAGAACAAUUUUUCAUAAAAAAACUGUAAACAGUUAAGAUUUGAAAAAAAUUAACAUAAAAAAUUAAAUUAAUCAUAACAAAAUAUUAUUUUACUCUCAAAUGAAUGAGUUUUUAUAAAUUACUUAUUUAUUUAAAAAAUAUAUUCAUUAAAAUUAUUUUGUAUAAUAUAUUACAUAUUCUAUAGUCUUAAAAGAAGCAGAGUGCAAGUAAUGAGGUAGACAAUCAAUGUAGAUAUCUCUUGUAUCAUAAGCUACCGAUCUUGAAAUAGAUUAAAAUAAAAAGAAGGACGUUAAAUAAUAAAUUGGACAUGGUUACUUUACAUUGGUAUCCAAGUUUAUUAAAUUUUAUGAGUAAACUAUAUUCUGAAAAUUGUCCUCC